AUGUGGGGGGUUGGAGUUCUUAGUCUACACAUCCAUGCAUCAGUGCAAACUUCAUUGCAGCAGUGCACACUACAAGUGAGACCGUGGGCAGCUGUCCGCCCGUGCUGUUUCUUGGUAUCACUCGAUUGCCAUCGCUUCCAAAUUUCUGGUCAACUGGAAGAAGUCGACUCCAAAUGGCGAGAAUUUGACGGAUCUACGGUGGCUCUGAUGGUUAUCAAACAUUGUCCUUUGGUCGCGAUCCCCGAUACAUUCAAUGAAUUCCACGAACUCAUCAGCGUUAAAAUAUAUAAUUCGACAAUCGUCGACUGGAGAGAAUCGGCUGCAAUUACGAAUACGAACCACCCGGCAUUUUUGACUCUUAUGGUCUUUUGUGCUACUAAUCUUCGUCAAGUUCCAGACGAUCUCGACCUAAAGUGGCUAGCAGGAUCGAUUGUCAUCAUCGAAUACAGUCAACUGCAGGUCGUUCCCCAAGCUCUAUUACGCGUUAUGCCAUCCUAUUUUUCACUCACCGGCAACCCCAUUAGCGAACUUCCACCUGAGAUUUUUGAGAUUGAAGGGUUGACAGACCUGGGUAUCGGCGAUACAAAUAUUCGAGAGCUUCCUCAGAAUGUGACUCAACUCUCACCAGCACUCUCGUCAAUCUACGUAAUAGGUACACGGAUUUCGCUCUUUUGGUCGUGGGUGGAUGACAUUCUCGGGCGGGACAGUAUUCGAAGCAUACCACGAGCGAUCUAUGCAGGAAACACAAUUUAUUGUGACGAUUUGAAGAGGAUUUCGACGAAGUUAACCAGUUCUUGUAGUACUGUAACAAGCUCUGAUUAUUCUCUACAACUUAUGGAUCCAGCGGAGGCAGGUUUUGAGGGGAGUAUCUGGUCGUUUGUGGAGUGUAACCCUGCUAUAAGUGGACUCAGUGGACCUCUAUACCCCCUAGCACCGGAGGACAAGCAGAAUGCACUCCACAGUUGA